AUGCACGCUCCCUGCCUGCCGGCCCCGGGCGGCUCAGAGCCCGAGCCCGAUCUGGGUCUGUGGCGGGGCAGGGCCCCGGGUGCUAGGAGAGGGAGGGGAGCAGGCGGGGGCGGGGCGGGGACGGGGGCGGGGGCGGAGAAGGAAGCGGAGGAGGAGGAGGAGGAGGAGGAGGAGAAGAAGAAGGAGCAGCAGGAGGAGGAGGAGGAGAAGGAGCAGCAGGAGGAGGAGGAGAGCGAGAACGGCGGGUGGCUCCUCCCGGCGCCCGCGCGGGGAUUUUCCAGCCGUGGCUCUGACGCCGCCGCCACCGGGACCAUGGGCGACCGAGGGACGCGAGUUUUCAAGAAGGCGAGUCCAAAUGGAAAGCUCACAGUCUACCUGGGAAAGAGAGACUUUGUGGACCACAUCGAUAUCGUCGAUCCCGUCGAUGGAGUGGUUCUGGUGGAUCCUGAGUACCUCAAGGAGAGGAGAGUGUACGUGACCCUGACCUGCGCCUUCCGCUAUGGCCGGGAGGACCUGGAUGUGCUGGGCCUGACCUUCCGCAAGGACCUAUUUGUGGCCAACAUCCAGUCCUUUCCACCUGCCCCUGAAGACAGGCCUCUUACUCGGCUCCAAGAACGGCUCAUCAGGAAACUGGGAGAGCAUGCCUACCCCUUCACCUUUGAGAUUCCUCCCAAUUUGCCCUGCUCAGUGACACUGCAGCCAGGGCCUGAGGACACUGGGAAGGCCUGUGGUGUGGAUUAUGAAGUCAAGGCCUUCUGUGCAGAAAAUCUGGAGGAGAAGACUCACAAACGGAAUUCUGUGCGCCUGGUUAUCCGGAAGGUCCAGUAUGCCCCGGAGAGGCCUGGUCCCCAGCCCACAGCUGAGACAACUCGUCAGUUUCUGAUGUCUGACAAGCCCUUGCACUUGGAGGCUUCUCUGGACAAGGAGAUCUACUACCACGGGGAACCCAUCAGUGUUAACGUCCAUGUCACCAACAACACCAACAAGACCGUGAAGAAGAUAAAGAUUUCAGUUCGCCAAUAUGCUGACAUCUGCCUGUUCAAUACGGCGCAGUACAAAUGUCCUGUGGCUGUGGAGGAGGCUGAUGACGUGGUGGCUCCAAGUUCAACAUUCUGCAAAGUCUACACCCUUACCCCAUUCCUGGCCAACAACCGUGAGAAGCGAGGCCUGGCCUUGGAUGGCAAGCUGAAGCAUGAAGACACCAACUUGGCUUCUAGUACCCUGUUGAGGGAUGGCACAAAUAAAGAGAUCUUGGGAAUCAUCGUGUCCUACAAAGUCAAAGUGAAGCUGGUCGUUUCCCGAGGCGGCCUGUUGGGAGAUCUCGCAUCCAGUGAUGUGGCUGUAGAACUGCCCUUUACCUUGAUGCACCCGAAGCCCAGGGAGGAACCUGUGCGUCGAGAAGUUCCAGAGAAUGAAGCGCCCAUAGAUACCAAUCUCAUAGAACUUGAUACAAACGAUGACGACAUUGUGUUUGAGGACUUUGCUCGACAGAGACUGAAAGGUAUGAAGGAUGACCAGGAAGAAGAGGAAGUCCCAAACUCGCCACACUUAAACAACACAUAAGACUGGACUCCUCUUGCUCUUCUUCUCGGGUGGUUCCUGGUUAAUUCUUGUGAAUUAGGCUGCUUGUUAUCUUUUCUUCUUUUUCUUCUCCCCCUUCUUUUUCUGGUAUUUCUUUCCCCUUCUGUUUUUCUACUUCUACCAGGGGACUCCAGAGGACUUAUGUAGGUAUCAUCAGGGAUCUUCGCUGUCUGGCUUUGACCCACUCAUCACCAUCUCACUGAGCCUCCCCAGUGGACACCUCAUUUCCACCCUGGAGAAUGAAAGAAUGGCUUACUACUCUUCUUCCAACCUUAAUCCGUCCCAAUCCCUCUCUGUUUCUGCCUCACCUUCAAUCCCCCCAAGCCAGCCAGCCUUCAGUCUUCUCCAUAUGGCCAAUCUCUAGGAGCUUCCCAAUCCACAACCUUUGGAUUGCAUCUCUUCUGCGCACAUUGGGUGGAAUCCAUCUGAUGGAAUUGAGUAUAUAAACUGAGUCUGGCAAGAGAGAGGGGAAAAGAUUGCUCUUAUAUGUGUGUUUGGGGGUGGGAGCAGGGGGAUGGUUCUAGGCACAGCUACUGAGGGUGUGGGAGGUGACAUAGUUCUAGCCAAUGGCAUGCUCAGAAUGGCCAGUGAGACAACCUGGCUGAACUACUUUGGGACAGAGAUGGAGGUAGCAGGUGGGGAGCCAUUCACUGGGGAGGGUGGGGAAGAGCCAGCAGCUGGGCUCUCUGUCUUUCCACCCUCCUUCCCAAUAUUUUGGUAUUUUGGACAGUGUUAUAACGGUUCAACAUGACAAAAGCAGGCAAAUUGAUGUCCUUACCAGCAGUUACUAAGUUGAAUGCAGGUCACAAGAAUUAGUACAAACAUUUUAAUAUUGUCAGAACUUAGUCUCUUAAGUGAUAUGUAUCUUAUAUGUAUUAGAGACAGAGAAAGAAGGAGAGCUGGAUGUAUCAUUUUUAUAUUAGGAUGGGCAUUGUCAAUGGUCCAGAAAAAAAAAAGACCUUGUAUUUGAAGUGAGGAGAAGAAGCACGUCUUGCUUCUUAGUCCCUGGUAGCAAGGGAAUCAGUGUCUCUGGGGAAGACUUCCCAGAGAGACUCUUCUCUCCCGAGUGAGAUGUUAAUCUACCCUAGGAUGGCAGAGUUUUAGUCUUCUAUUCAGCGAUGCAGUUAAAUUCAACAAGCAGCAUUAAAUGCCUCUGUGCAAGGGAUAUAAAGAUAAAGGGAGCGCUUCCUGCCCUCAAGAAACUUAUAUUCUAGUUUGGGGGAGGGAGCGGAACUUAGAUUCUUCCAUUUGGUUUAUUAGUUACUGAAUUGCCCUCAGAUCAUACGUGGGGGCCGAAGGAUAGUUGGGGUAUGUGGUGGGUUCAGAUCUCACCCAAUUCUCUGAGAAGUCUCUGGCUGUGAUUCCUUCUGUGGCCAGGUGAGGGACACACAAAUGAAGAGGAUGUAGCUGGUCUCUAGAAGAAGAGCUAGUACUAAGGCCCAGAUGUUGGUUUUGUUUCCCUCUUCAGAAACAGAAGGAAGUGAUGUGGAAAGGCAGGUUUAUUGCCUAGGACUUAGGGAGUAAAAAAAAAAACCUCAGAGAUCAUGUAGUCUAAACUGGCCCCUCCUCUCCAUUUUACAGAUUAAGACAAUGAGGGCCAAGGAGGUUAAGUGACUUGUCCAAAGUCACACUAAGUAAUAAAGAAUAGAACCAGGAUUAAAACCCAGGGCCUCUGAUUCCCAAUCCUCUAUAUCCUGAACAGGGAGCUGCCUUCCAAAAGCUUUCUCUCUGACUCCCUUGGGUUCAGAUUUGGAUUUCCAGACCAAAAACUUAUUUCUGAUCCCCCGAGGUCAUCUCCUUGCUAGCAACUGGUUGUGUUCUUCUGGGUUUCUUCUCCUCUGAAAAGAAAGAUAUUUCAUUAGAGAGGAAGCAAAUGGAUUCCUGCAGAGUGGCUGUUCUCUUCAUCUACACCUAUAGAUUCAAGCUCAGCAGUUUCUCCAUCUUUCUUCUCCUGGAUCCUGGAAAGUCUCCAGAGCCACAGAGGGAGAAUUGGAGCAGAGGAUGGGGUCUCUCUCAGUCAAUCUAGAGAUUAUAGAGAAAAAACUUUAACUCCAAUACAUGGAAUCCCUCCCGAUGGAAGGACCCUAAGAGUCUAGUCCAGCCUCUCACCCAAUUUGAGACUCUUUCCCCAUAACCUUGAUGAUGAGGCCAUCUGAUGUGGAUUGAAUGUCACAGUGUGGUGGAAAUGGCCCUGAAUCUAGAGUCAAAGGAGCUCAGAUUUGAACCCUUAAGAAUUCAAGUGUACAGAAUAAGGAAUGGAUGCCAUAUUUGGAGCAAUAACUAAGAACUUUUAUACCUGGAAUAAAGGAAUAGGGGAAAGGUAGGGGUAAAAGCUCACCAAGAGUAUAAUUGCUGGGGGUGGGAUAGGGAUAAAAAAGCACAGCAUCCAACAAAUUUUGGUACCCUAAGACAGAUUCCUCUUCAUCCUCCAGUUAUAACUCUCCUUCCCUUCUCCUUCCCAGUAGGCACUGAUUGCCACAGAGAAUUCUGUAGUUUUUUUCCUAAGCAGUAUUUUGGGCUCCUUGGUCAGUAUAUGUUGUAGCCUCACCGACACACCAUCUUUUCAUCUGAUUAGCAAAGUUACCCAACAGAGAGUUCUCAGAGAACCCCCCAGCUCCAAUACCUGUGCCAUCCUCAGUAGAGAGUAAGGAGCAACCUAGCCAUCAAGGCAGAAGCAGCCAGAAGUACAAAGAGCCUAGAGGUCUCACCUUGUUCCUGCCAGUCCUGACUUUUUCACGUGCCAACACACCCUUCCUAGGAAAAUCGUUGGCAAUCCACUUGAGACCUCUUCAGGAAGUUGGAACCAUGUUUAAGGCCUGAGAACUGAGCAUAGGGAGCAACAGGGGAGGAAUGGCAGACAAAGUAGAUGUCCACUUGCUACCCUUCCAAAAUUCUCUUCCACAGCUUCAAAUUAUAAGCAGCAAUACUGGAGAGUUCACAGAGUCACAGACUCUGAGCAUUUAUUAAGCACCUAUUAUGUACUAGGGCACCAUUCUAGGUACUAGAGAUACAAACACAAAAAAGUUCCUGCCCUCAAGGACCUUACAUUCUAUCAGAUUUGGAAAGUACCUCAGAAGCCAACUAGUCCAGCCUGUACCUCAGCAAGAAUUUCUCACCCUUUCACCUAUUUAGUGGAGGAUCUAGCAGAUUAAAUCAUCUAGCCUUGAAGGUCUCCAGUAAAUGGGAAUCUGCCACUACCCACCAAAACUCCAUUUCACUUUUGGACGGCUCUCAUUGUUAGUAAUUCUUAUGUCAAACUGAAAUUUGCCUCUGAAAUUUACCCACAGGAUUGGUUUUCUCUCUGGACUCCAGCUGAACCAAUGUCUUUUACAUGAUAGCCCUUCAAAUAAUUAAGCGAAGAAAACUGUCACACCCCCUCUUAAAUAAUUUCCUCUAGGUUAAACAAUCCACAGAGUCCUUAGCUAGUAUUACCUAGACAUGAUCUUCACUCCCUUUCCCAUCUUUGAGUCCUGUGAGGACAAGUUAGGACAUGGAACUGAGCAGGUCUUCAUAAACUGAUGCCUCUUGCUGUUAAAGAUGACAGUGCAGACUGAAGAUCCCCUCAGUGUGGCUGAGCAUCCCACUGUGUAUCCUUAACUUCCAGAACCAGAGAGGGCAGAGUAAGCAUACCAGGAGGGAGAUCUUUUGAUUUAGAUGGCUGAAGAGACCAUUAUCAAGGAAAAUCAUCAAGUCUUGGCUCUUGCCUUGAAGUCCUCUCUUUGCAGAAGAUUCAUUGUAUUGGUUUUUAUUUUGAUUCAUUGCUAAAGCCUGAGGUGUUCCAAAAACUGUUUCUCCAUGAAAACAUGGUCCUGAUCCCCACAGACAUUUGGUCCACUUCUUCACUUUCCCGGUGAAGGACCACACCAGCACUGUGUCAAGGUCACUGCAGCUCAUGGAUAAACUGGUGCCUCUUGCACUGCAUGCAGAAGGAAGUGGGGGAGCUGAAUCAGAUCAUUAAGCUCCACAGACUUAUUGAGUAUCUGCUCUAUUGCAAGGACCUGUGCCAGGUUGUGGGAAUGUGAAGAAAAAGCUGAAACAAUUUCUGCCCUCAAGGAGCUUAGAUUCUACUGGGAAAAUGCAAUGUGUACAUGGAUAAGUAAAUGAAAGGCCAUUUCAGGUACCUGAACUUUGAAGGAAGCUACAUAUUCUACCAGAGGUAGAAUGGGGGUGGGGGGAGUGGUGGUAACCAGCCAGUGCAGAGGCAUUUCAACGAGAGGUGCCAUAUACUAGAAACAACUACUAGUUUAGUUUGGAACAUAAAAUGUGUGAAAGAGGGUAACGUGAAAUCGGUCUGGAAAGGUAGGUUGGAGGAAGACCGUGAAGGGAUUUAAAUACCAAGAUGAGAUGUUUGUAUUUUUAUCUAGAAAUAAUAGAAGGCCACUGAAGAUUUUGUGAUGUCUUAGUUUUUGGUAGCUUUGGAGCGUGGAUUGGAAAGAGGGAGAGACUGGAAGGAGGGAGACCAGCUAAGAGGCUAUUACAGUGGUUUAAGUCAAGAGAAAUGCCAUGGUAGAACGUGUGAUUUGGAGGCAGGGGCUCUCUAAAGUGAAGAGCUUGGCCUCCGUGGUCCCUUAAGAUCUCUUCUGACCUCAAGCCUAUGAGGGAAUAACUGGCCUCAAUAUGAUUACCACCUCUCAUUCUAAUUUGAUGCAAGCUUCUCUAUGUCCAGUCCUGUCUUUUCUCCGUACCACUGCAAGGAUGGGGACAGGCUGUAUUUUGGGAGAGAAGCUUUGGUCCUAAAUCACAGAGUAGGUCCAAGAAGAGGUGGAACUAGAGCCUAUCCUGGCCCAGCAUUCUUUCUCCUGGACCAUACCACCCAUCACUCUGGGUCAGACUCAUCGAGAGAUCAAACAAAUGAGCAUGACUUGAUUUAUCCUCGUAGAAGAAAAUUAAUGUCAUGAAAGAGUCAGUCUAGUGCUUCUAAAUAUGUAUUCACAGACUUAGAAUUCCAAAGGAUCUGAAGGACCAUCUGAUCCAAUUCCUACCAAGAUCAUGAACCCCCAACAACAACAUUCCUGAUAAAUGUUCAUCAUUUAGAAGACCACAAGUGGUGGGGAACUCACUAAUAACAAUAGCUAACAUGUACGUGAUUCUUUAAUGUUGGCAAAGAGUUUUUGGUAGAUCCUCAUCAUAACCCUAUGAGGCAGGUGCUAUUAUGAUCCCCAUUUUACAGGUGAGGAAAUUGAUGUUGAGAGAGUGACUUGCCCAGAGUCACACAGCCAGUAAGUAUAUAAGGCAGUAUUUGAACUAAGCUCUUCCUGACUCCAGGUCUGGUGCUCUGUUCACUAGACCACCUCGCUACCCAUCGUCCUCUAAAGCAGCCCAUUCCAUUUUUGGAUAAUUCUAAUUGUUAUGUGCUUUUCUCUUACGUGGAAAAAAAAUCUUUUUCCCUCUAAUUUCUCCCAUUGCUCCUAGUUUUUAUCUUCUGGGGCAAAGUAGGACAAGUAUUUAAUCUCUCUCUUCACCAUGACGGCUCUUCAGAUAUUGAAGAUGACUACCAUGUGCUCUUCAGUCUUCUGACUAAGCAUCCCCAAUUUUUUUCUACUAAUCCUUUUGUGGAAUUGUUUCCUGUCCCUUCAUGAUAUCGUUCACUCUGUUCUGGACAAAACUCAGUUUGUUAUUGUCUUCUGAAAUGUAAGUCUAUGGGUGGUUGUUCUUGGCAGUGACAAUUGCUGUCAGUGAGAGGCCCAUCUCAUCUACCAACUGGGAAUUAGACUUGGAAAUAGCAGAGGGAAUGAUGGGAUGGAAUACUAUGGCCUCACAGUGUUCUUUUUGGGGUUUCUAUCACCUGCUGGUCCCCCUGAAUUUGUUACCCACAAUACCUUGCAGAUCCUAUCCCUACUGUGCACACUAUACCAUAAAUUCAUUAGAAAGACAAUAGAACUUUUUGAGGUUUCAGCCCUUUCCAUUGUUGGAAGCAUCUGAGAAAGGAGUAUUUUGCCAACAGUCCCAUUUUCUCCCACUGAUUUCCAAUCUACUUUGAGCAUGAACCUCCUCCUCUAGUCUUUCAUCAGUUCCAGCACCAACAAGUCUCCUAGUCAUUCAACCAAGCAAUCAUUAAGUGCUUUCUAUGUGCCAGGCACUGUGCUAAGUGAUGAGGCUGCAGAAGAGAGACAACGGGCAAACAGCCACGUACAUACAAGAUUUUACACGCACACACAAAUACAGCGAAUUAAUGAAUGAAAUGUAAUCUCAGAGGAAAGGUACUAGAGGUAAAGGGAACAAGCAAUUACCUGCAGAAGGUAGUUCAAUGGCAGGACAGUGGGGGCUGAUGCCCAGAAAGCUGAGGUUUUGUGUUCCUGAGUGAAGAGAGAAGCCAUGCUGGCAUUCCCAGUCUGCUUUGCUCCCAUUAGAGACCUGGGCACUGGAAAUUCCCAAGACAUCUAAACGGAAGAGAUUUGGAUUUGAGUCCUGAAAUAUGUCCCCAAUAAUUCUGUUUUGACAUUUGUUGUUUUUUAUUUACUUGGAUAAACAACUGCCCAUUGCUUUACAUGUAUCCACCUUCUAGAUGGCUUCUUUCACUACCCAGAGAUGUUCUAUGCUUCCAUUAACAGGAUCCCAUGACCUCUGACACAGCCACACUUGAGAGACUAGUGUAAGUUCAGAGGGUGUUGUCUUGACUGUGGCUGUCACUGAUGGUUUGACAGACUUAGGAUUCCUUGGCUCUUUGGCAUUCUUUGUGCUCAAGACCUCAGGCAGAUCAGAGUAUGGCUUUGUACGCAAACAGGGAGCCGUAGAAAGCAAGAUUAUUCAACCCUUUGACAUUCUCUGUGUUUAAGCCCUCAGGCAGCUCAUAGCCUAGCCCAGCGCAUGAGGCUUUCUCAAAGUCACACCUAAGGCAAGGGAAUGUGGGGAAAACAACCAAGUAACAUAACUCCCUAGAGUCUAGAGAACCUUCUUUCAUUCUCCCUCCUUUCAAGACAGUCAACUCUGAAACCAGUGUAACAGGCCACUAUUGAGCACCAGUCCAGAGGUUCUGAAUCUCACUGUUUAUCUGCUGGCUGAAAGCAACCUUAGAAUGAAAGGUGCUCUCCUCAGGCUAUUGGUAAGAGUAGCUGCCUUCCUGUCCCCACAGGUCAACUACCCUAUCUUCCUGACAUGCCAUAAAAUAUCCACAUUGGGCAGAAGUAUCUUCCAUGUCCUCAACCUGAAUGGCUUGGGACCCUGCCCACAGACUCUAAAAGGAAACCUUUCUGGAAGGACAUUUUCUGCACUCCCAACUCAAAGACAAGUUAAUAGAACUCAUGAUUUCUGUCUCUCUGAAACAUAAAUCCAAGAGGCUUUCCUAGAUUUGGAUCUCCUAGGUGGGGACCAAAUCCAAGGCAGGAUUUUGUCAUUAAAUUUCUUGGUUUGCUUGUUGGAAGAGCCUUGGGGACAAUAUUCUCUUGAGGUUUUUAUGCCUGUGCCUCAUGCUCAAGUGUAGGCAGGCACAUGCCACUCGGCACAUGUAGUCACUCAAUGCCUGUGUGACCUUGGGCAAGGAGCAACCUCUCUGUUUCUUCAUCUCUGAAAGAAGGGGUUAGACUAGAUGAUCCCUAAGGUCCCUCCCAACUUCAAGGCUAGGAGCCUGGGAAGGAUUUAAUCACAGGCUUUACAGAUACAUGCAUGAACAUGCAUGACUCUAAACCCAUGAACAGGGAUGUACACACAGCUAGAGUUAUAGCUAGUCACAAUCACAUAGUCACAAAUGCAACCAAGUGCAUAAUCUCACACAUAAGGAGGAAAGUGUCCACAUGUAAUCUUGGAACAUGGAUUAAAGUGUACUUGUAUUUUCAUGUACCAUACCUACAAAAAUAGACUGAACAGCAUGCACAGAAACAUACAAAAUCAUGCACAAAUCUGUUUCUAGUGCUUCUGGUCAGCCUGCCCAGAAGCUUAGGUUGAGGUUUGUCAUGGGGGCAAAGCUCUCCUUGGGUCUGUGAAACUCCUGGCAAGUCUUGGAUUAUAUGGAGCAAAGUGGUGGGUAGGAGGAAGCUCUUGGCUUGAUUUGAUAGUUCCUGCUGCACCUUCCUGACUGAUUUGGGCCCCAGAGACAUUUAUCUGACCUCAGUCACUCUUGGAGAUGGAAGAUCUUUCCUCUUAGGUCCUCAUUUGUGCCUCUUGGAGGUAAAGAGAACUCUAGAGGAACACAAAACUUGAUUUAACAACCAAGUAUUAGGCACAUUUAUUGAACAUAUUAUAUACAAGGGCCCACUGCUGGGUUCCAGGGAUAUAAAAUCAUGAAUAGUCCCUACCCAGGAGAUCUCUCAAGGCCAAAAAAAUGUUUUGGAUCGCUGCCCAAGGGGGUAAUUGGCUUCUGUCCUUAUGGAAUCUCUUGCCUGAGGAAGGUUUACCACCAUCCUUGGUAAUUCCUGACCUGAAGGUAGGCUCCAGGGGAGACAAUGUCUCUACCCUCAGGGAGCUUCUAGUCUGAUGGAGGCACUGGACCCUGGCCUAGUGAGAGAUAUGUGACCUCCUCUACCUUCAAAAAACUAAUAGUAUGAGAAAAAAACAGGCAGAUAUUAAUUUAAGCAAAACUGAAUAUGUGAAAUGCCAGAUUUACACAAAAGAGAAGUUGAAUCUUCAUUUAGCAGAAUGUCUAUCUUACAGCUUCCUCACCUCCUCCCAUCCCCAUUCCUUUUUAGCAAUUUCCUAGUGCAGUUUAAAUAGGAUACACAUGCAGUCUCCAUUUCUGUACAUGAAUUGUGGUGUAGCUGAAGGAGCAUUGGAUUUGGAGUUAGCCUGGGUUUAAAUCCUCACUCUGAUACUUAACUAUAUGCAGGGCUUUGGGCAAAACACUUUCAUUUUAUGGAUCUCUGUUUCUUCCUCUGCAAAAGGAGGGGAUUGGAUUUAGUGAUCUCUGAGGUCUUUGCCAGUUCUAAUCCUAAAGUCUGAUGACUUCUCAUUAUCCUUGAGGAGAUCUGCUUGUGGCUGAUUUGAAGAUCACUGGCCUGAAUGUCACAGCAAAUUCCUGCCAGUUAGGGAGGCCCGGGAUCUGCCUGACUGAGGCAUCCUCCCCAAGGGGCCCUGGGGUCUUGCUCCUGUACUUGUUGAAGUCCUGGGGACCCAGGGGAAAACUAGCCAGCUGUUGUUAUACUGCGGCACUGCUACACAGUUUCCUGGGCCCAGAUGGAAGGGACAGGGACACCUUGGAAAGAUCCCCAUGUGGGGAAUCAGGAGAUUUGGCUCCCAGUUCCAUUCCAAGACUGGCUCACUGUGUGACCUUGGUCUUCAUCCUUACCCUCUCUGGGCCAUACUGACAACGGUAAGACAUUACCCUCUGCCCACUCAGUCUCCUUCAAAAUGCCAUUGUAACGAUCAGAUAAAAAAGCAUGAAUAAGAGCUUUUUUUGGGAUGGGAGGCAGUUUCUAGAGGUGUGUUCAUCUAGCUGAACCUUGUUAGCAGUAAAAUGCAGUUGGGAAGCCACACCAGGUGCAGGGCUCUGGCUGGCCACCAACCUGCCCUUCAUAUCCUGCUCCCUCUUCCACGAUGGGACUGUGGCUGUCCCUCCUCACCCCAGACUCCUUCCAUCCUUUGCUUCCACUUUUGAGAUUGAUGUUUGGAGAUGAGUGUUCCAGAGAUUCUCUGUAUAUACAUGUAAAGAGAUAUAAAGAUGGAAGAAGGGAGCAGGAAGAAAGAGGGGUGACCCCCGAGGACCGUGGUCAUCUUUAGGGCCUUGAAAAAGGAUCUCUUUGCACCCACCAUGGGCCCUGCCUGCUCAGUUUCUUUGUUGUACUGUUUCUGUGUCUGUCACAUAAAUUAUUAUAGUUUAUUAAACAACAAAAACAAUCA